CACGCGCAGUUGCACAGAGUGGACCUCUGGAGUCUACGUUUAUUUAGUGUUUCUCGGACGCCGGUUGAAGUUAAUAUGUCGACAGCGGGGAAAAUAGACUUUAAUCGAGCCGAUCGUUAAACGGUUAUGGGAUCUCUUCACCGUAACUUCCAAUUCAUAAGAGACCUACCUGCCCGAAGAGAAGAGAGUGAAGAUCGACCGCUUCUCCUCGCUUUAGUUGUUUCUUCUGUGCACCCGGAUUAUACGGCGCGAGACGCUUGGAAAUAUACUCGAUGCUGAAGGAGAAGAGUUGGAUGCUGGGUUUCCAGGGCUGCUCUGGCUUUUGCGAAGGUGUUUAAAACAAGUUGAACUGAGUCAAACCCUUAAAGGUCACCCUCCCCGGUAUCAUCUUAUGCUUUGCGUUUACGACCAUUUGCCUUUUAUCGUGAAACAAUACAGACUGUGGACUUCAGGGGUUUAAACAUCGGGCACCUGGACGAGAAGGUGAGGAAAGUUUGGAGAGAAUGUCGAGUCGCAGGGUGAAGCAUGAACUGCCAGCGUGCUGAUUUUAGACUGGCGUAUCUCAUGAGUCUAUGGGUGUGUGUUGUACUAAGCCUUCACUGCUGGGUUCUAGCCCCUGUGGCAGCCUCCCAUGAUGCCGCUGGUCCGUUUGGGUGGCUCCUUUCAGAUAAGGGGCCUUUUCAUCAGUCACAGGAAUUUGCCGAAUUUGUGGAGCGUUAUCAACAAGGCUUCACAACCAAAUACAAGAUUUACAGAGAGUUUGGGCGCUGGAAGGUGAACAGCCUGGCUCUGGAGAGAGAGGACAAUGGCGUGGCUCUACCCCUCGAUCCAGAGUUCAUGCAGACCAUCAGGCAGCUGGGCCGCAGACCCACCCUUGGUGCCAUUACCGAGAACAUCAUCAGAAAAUAUGGCACACACUUUCUGCUUACAGCUACACUUGGAGGUGAGGAGGCUUUGACUAUAUUUGUGGACAAGAGGAGGCUGAGCCGCACGGCAGACCUGACUGACUCAAAUGGCACAGCUGUCACUCUGGAGACCCUUCACCAGCUGGCUGCCUCCUACUUCAUAGACAGAGAGAGCACUCUGAGAAAACUACACCACCUCCAGAUUGCCUCCACUGCCAUCAAGGUGACCGAAACAAGAACAGGCCCUCUUGGAUGCAGUAACUAUGACAACCUCGAUUCCGUCAGUUCAGUUUUGGUUCAGAGUCCUGAAAACAAGAUUCAUCUACAAGGGCUGCAGAUCAUUCUGCCUGCGUACCUAAGGGGCCGAUUUGUAGAAGCAGCUCUCAGCUAUAUCGGCUGCCACUCAGAGGGCGAGUUUGUGUGCAGAGAAAAUGAUUGCUGGUGCAAAUGUAGUGCGGAUUAUCCCCAGUGCAACUGUCCCAGUGAAGACCUGAAGGCCAUGCAGGACAGUAUGAAACUUAUCAGAGAAUCCUGGACGCAAGCCAACCAAGAAUUUCAAGAGUCUGAGGAGUUUCAAAAUUUUGUGAGAAGAUUACCAACAUCCUAUGCCCUGAACACAUCUGCUGUGCAGUACGUCUGGAGGAUGGACCCUGGUGUUCAGCAACGCUUUCAACUGUUGGAAACUAGCACUCAACAGCUGCUCGGCAAAGCACAGCGGAUCAUCAGCAAACUCUUCAAACUCAGCAAAAGGUGUCGAACUCAACCCAAAAUAUCCGUGCCCAGAGAGAGGCCUCUCGGCUAUUGGCUGAGAUACAUCCUCUCCAUCAUGUACUGCAGUGAGAACAAUCAGAUCGGCUCCUAUAUGGAAGAAACACGGACCUGCUCCUGUCAGUACGAGCACCCGUCAUGUCAGGGCGUCAUUCCGUGUUCUGUGGGUGACGGUCCUUACUGUGCCUCCUGCUCUUACGAGAACCGCUCCCGGUGUGCCAGCUGCAAUCCCGGCUACAUGCUGAGCCAAGGAACCUGUCGGAACACCAUACCGGAUUCAACGGACAACUACAUCGGUUUUGAGACGGACCUCCAAGACAUGGAGCUGCGCUACCUUCUGCAAAAGAAAGACAGCCGAAUCAGCAUUCACGCCAUGUUUAUAAGCAAUGACGUCAGACUGAACAACUGGUUCGAUCCCAGCUGGAGGAAGAGGAUGCUGUUGACGCUCAAGAGCAACAAGUUUAAGUCCAGCCAUGUUCACAUGCUCUUGGGGAUCUCCCUACAGAUAUGCCUUACAAAAAACAGCACCCUGGAACCUAUGCUGUCCGUCUACAUCAACCCAUUUGGAGGUAGUCAUUCCGAAAGCUGGAUCAUGCCCAUUGACCAGAACAGUUACCCUGACUGGGAAAGGACCAAAUUAGACAUCCCUCUUGACUGUUAUAACUGGACGCUGACUUUGGGGAACAAAUGGAAGACUUUUUUCGAGACUGUGCACAUUUACCUGAGGAGCCGUGUCAAAUUGCCGUCGCCACUGGGGAACGGCACCGCCCAUUUUGAGCCAUUGGAAUACAUGGACUCCUCCCGGAAUCUCGGCUCUAUGAAAAUCAACAGUAUGCAGGUGUUUGGGUACAGUAUGCACUUUGAUCCAGAGGCCAUCCAGGACUUGAUCCUGCAGCUGGACUACCCGUACACGCAGGGCUCGCAGGACUCGGCUCUCCUGCAGCUGUUGGAGAUCAGAGACCGGGUGAACAGACUCUCCCCGCCGGGCCAGCAGCCUUUGGAUCUGUUCUCCUGUCUGUUACGCCACCGGCUCAAACUUUCUACCACAGAUGUGGUCAGAAUUCAGGCUGCUCUUCAGGCCUUCAGCGCCAAGCAGCCCAACUCAAUGGAAUACGAAACUACCAAACUAUGUAGCUAAUAAGUCACUGCAAGGUGGCAGCAUAUUUGUAGUGUUUUCAUUAACUGUAGUUAAAUGAUCUGUUAAUUUUUUCGAAUGAAAAACCUCGGACUGCUGAUGGGAUACAGUGUUGAUGGUCUGGGUCGUUUUGAAAGAAGCACCAACACUUUGACUUUUAUUUUCUUACCUGAUUUACAAUAACUCACCUUGAUUUCUUCAUUUUCUUUUGAUGUCACUUUGUCGAAAUUACUGUAGCUUUAGCACCAGUUCUGAUAAACUGUGCGUAAAACACAUGAACAUCUGGCAUUUGAACAUUUCGCAUUCUCUUUGUAUGGUAACAGAGACAGUAAGUCCACGAUCAGUCAAAUCUUGCGUAAUCUUUUUAUUCUGUCUGUCAACACUGUAACUCUCGAAAAUAUCAGUAUCCUGAUUAACAAUAGAUGGUUUUAUUAAAGCUUCAAACUAUUUUAAAGCUAUUUGUUGGGAUUUGAACGUAGGAGGAGGAUCUGUCAAACCAUAAACAAGGAACUUAUUAUAUAUUCGGUUUCAUGUACAUUUAUUUUUAUAAAAUCUAUUAUUUGUGACAAGUUGCAAAGGUAAUGUCCGUAUUAUGUAUAGAACAUGAAUUUGUUUCUACUCUAAAUAA